UAUUAUUUUCUUUCAACAGCCACAGCUCUGAGUAAAAAAAAGGGUGCAUAGAAGGUUUGAGCUGCUUAGGAGUCUCAGCUGGAGAUGCCCUUUCUCUCUACUCUCCAAUUUGUUUUUUCACAGGUUCUUUUGAUCUGGGUCCAAUUGUUUUCUUCUUUUUUUCUAGUAUCUUUGCUUAAACUUGCUUCUUUCUUUUUUGGGUGGAUCUUGGGUUAGUCUAGAUUUACAUUUUGUGUAAUCUUUUCUAUGGUUGAACUCCUUUUGAGGCUUGAAUGAGAAGAAAGAUUUGAUUUUUGGAUAAGAGAGUUGAUUUUGAAUGCUCUAUUACGUGUUAUGAUGAUGACAUGGGUCUUUUGACCACAAAAAAGAGAAAAAUAGGAUAAAGUGAAAAGAGAGAGAAAAUUAAAGAUGUACCCUUUGAAAGAAAGAAUUGUUGCUUCUCGUUGUCAUUGGAAAGCGAUAUAGAGGAGUUUAGUUUUCCUUCUUUCUUUGUACUUUUUCACACCUCGUGUGCGGCAGCCGUGGAUUGUAAUGCGCUUUCUUCAAAGUCUGUAGAUUGUGGAGAUUUUGCAAAGUAUUUCAAUAAUUGGAUAGCUUCGAACUGUUUGUGGGUUUGCGAAGAUGCCUAUGUUUCAGCCUUCAAAGAGGGAUGGGAUUGGAUUCGGCAGUGGGGGUGAUGGGCACGUUCUAGAUCUAGAAACUGCAGUGAAAGAUGGAGUCUUGGGCGGAGGUGGAGUUGGGGGUUUUGGAGGUGGGGUUGGAGAGAAGUUGGAUCUAAAGAAAAUGAUUGAAGAGCUAAAUUUGUCUGAAGUACCGUCAGUUUUCAUUUGCCCCAUUUCUCUCGAGACAAUGCAAGACCCGGUUACCCUUUGCACCGGCCAAACCUACGAGAGGUCCAACAUUCUCAAAUGGUUUAGUUUGGGGCACUAUACUUGCCCUACUACUAUGCAAGAACUUUGGGAUGAUAGUGUCACGCCAAACAGGACCCUUUACCAUUUAAUCUAUACUUGGUUUUCGCAGAAGUAUGUGCAAAUAAAGAAGAGAUCCGAAGAUGCACAGGGAAGGGUAUCGGAGCUUAUCGAUACCCUGAAGAAGGUAAAGGGGCAGGCUAGAAUUCAAGCCCUUAAGGAGCUGCAACAAGUUGUGGCUGCUCAUUCGACUGCUAGGAAGGCUGUGGUUGAUAAAGGUGGGGUGGCUCUUCUUUUGUCUUUGCUUGGUCCUUUUACUUCCUAUGCUGUAGGUUCAGAGGUUAUAGCCAUUAUUGUGAAUUUAUCUCUAAAUUCUGAAUCGAAAAUGAAUUUGAUGCAACCUGCAAAGGUAUCAUCAAUUAUCGAUAUAUUGAAUGAAGGAUCCAUUGAAACAAAAGUCAAUUGCAUUCAGUUGAUCAAAAUGUUGAUGGAGGAGAAAGAUUUCCGAUCAGAAAUUGUCUCAAGCCAUUGCUUGUUGGUUGCUUUAAUGAGGCUGGUGAGGGAUAAGAGACACCCUAAUGGACAUUUGCCCGGGCUUGGUCUUCUCAAAUCGAUUUGCAUACAUAAGCAAGUUCGAAGUUUGAUUGUGAGUGUUGGUGCUAUUCCUCAGUUGGUGGAAUUGUUAUCUGGAUUAAAUCCAGAAUGUUUGGAAAUUGCCCUUUUCAUUUUGGAUGUCUUAUCCUCUGUACCUGAAGGGAGACAAGCUUUGAAGGAUUGUUCAAACACUAUACCUAGUAUGGUCAAGCUACUUAUGAGAAUUUCAGAAAGCUGUACAAAAUAUGCACUUUCAAUCUUGUUGUCUAUAUGCAAACUCUCUCCUGAGGAAUGCUCGUUGAUAGCUGUUGACAGGGGUCUUGCAGCGAAGCUCCUUCUUGUCAUCCAGAGUGAUUGCAGCCCUGUUCUGAAGCAGCAGGCUGCCGAGCUUCUGAAGCUAUGUAGUCUGAAUUAUUCAGAUACCAUCUUCAUUUCAAAAUGUAAACUGACCAGAACGAUGCAAUGAAAACAGAAUCAUGGCUCUCUCGUGCACUUUGAGGGUUCAACACAAAUUUGAUGUGGAGGUGCAAACCUAUCGAUUACUUCUAGCUAUUGAUUCAACAUACAUGGAGAUCUGUAUUGUAUGUAAGCAUGCAUUGAGCUGAAGUUCUCCAAUAAGCACUUGAAAUAGGAGAUGGUUUUAACGACCUCAUUCCCAAAAAGAUUUCAUUUGUAAAGGUAUAAAGAAACUGUGCAAAUUAAUUGUAUGUAUUGGAGCUUAAAAUAGCAAUGUAAUUGGUUGGCAGUUGUUUUGCUCCAUGAAUCUCGUGUAAUUCUCUGAUUCUUAGGGAUUCAAGAUCCUCCAAUUUUCCUUGACAACUUUGUAGAAGUUUUGUAGUGGCCUUACAGUGUGUAGAAUGUAGUGAAGAAACAGAUAUCCAUUCAAUAUGUACAGGCAAUCACAGAUUUGUGUUCGUUGUGAUAUUACUUCGCAAAACUCCAUUUUCGGUA